UAGCUCUCCUCGUUCUUGCAAGAACCAACCCAAAUCGUCCAACCCAGCGGCAACAACUCCGGCGAUGCCGCCGCCGCCGCCGGCCGCCGUCCUCGUCACCAACGGCGUCACCUCCCCCCGGGCGCCGCCUCCAGCGGCGUCCUUCCUCGAGGCCACUCCGGGCGCCUACACCACCGCACGCGCCUCCUCCGCGGGGCGCCUCCUCUGGUGGCCCCGCCACCUCCUCCGCCUCGCCGACUCCGCGCGCCUCCUCGCCCGGCUCCACCCUCAUCUCCUCGGCCUUGUCGGGCCACCCGGAAAACCGUUCGAGGGUUCUUUUGCUGGGAUCGAGCCUCUCGUCAACCGCUCCGUGCGGGUCGCCCUCGAGGAGAUGCGGCGGAGACGGCCCGGGGAGGGAAUGGCGCUCACGGCGUUGCUCAGGGCCUCUGCGGCCACGGAUGACUUGGAGGUGUGCGUGCACCUGGGGGCCUACGUGCCUCCGGUCUUCGGGGAGGCCGGGGCGAGGCUUGCCGUCGCUGGCAGGGGAAGGGACGCCGCCGCCGCCAAGUACGCGCCCUGGGCCAGGAUGAGAAAGAGCAUGGAGAAGAUGAGGCCUCCCGGGGUGACGGAGCUCUUGUUGACCAACGAUGGAGACCAUAUUCUUGAAGGCAGCAUCACUAAUUUCUUCGUUGUCUGCCGCAGGAUGGAGGAGCAUCAAUUGAAUGAACCUGUUCAAGUGAUGGCUAAUAAGUUUGAAGUGCAAACAGCUCCACUGAGUGACGGAGUUCUCCCUGGAAUUAUACGUCAGAUAGUGAUGGAGGUAUGUCAUGAUAUUGGGAUCCCAUUCCGAGAGGUUUCACCAUCAUGGUCCAAAUGCAACCUUUGGGAGGAGGCCUUUGUUACAAGUAGCUUAAGGCUUAUCCAGCAUGUGGAGACUGUUCAAGCUCCUUUAUUAUGGGAGAACAUAGAAUCGAAAACCUGGGCUGAUGUAUCUUGGGAAGUGAAACAAUUUAAGGGUGCUGGAAGCAUUACCACACAGAUAAAGAGGGAGAUAUCGAAGAGAGCAGUACAAGAGGAAUAUGACAUAAGAGAUCUUUUGGCAUGGCGAGGAGGAGAAUAGUGUAUAUCGGCAAUAGCAUGCAAGUGGGAGGACAGGGAAAGAUCAGAAAUAUCAUCAAGAGCGUGCUUUGAUACUACAAAGUAUUGCCCAUCUGCCCAUGCAUGACUAUGGAACAAGAUCUGAUUGCCUCUAUCACGUGAUGUAGAUGGUCAGGAAGAUGGUUUCACUAAUAAUCUCAGCAUAUACAAGAAACAUAGUCCCUACGUUUUUGACACCACGGACAACUAUCUUCUUCCCAUGUAAGUGGAUACAGAAAAAGAUCCUGUUAUUAUGUGCAUAUCUAAUCAGUAUUAUUACUUUGGUUUCUAUUUUGUUCCCAUGUAAGCGAAUAAUUUUGUUUCUAUUUUUGAUGAAAUAUAUUAAUUUAACGUACAAACUCCAAUUCCAGAAUAGAUCUAGAUGAGAUCUGUUGCUGUGCCCGGUACACUUUGCAAAUACUUUUGGUAGCUUCUGCUCCAUAAAUGGUGUCGAGUGUUUUCGAAAGCUGCGUAGGGACUGUAUUACCUCCAGUAGAUGAUUUCUCAUACGAUCCAAUGGUUGUGCUAAACAUAUAAUCAAUAAUGGACUAAUCAUGUGUUGAAGUCUUUUUUAUACUGAAAAACCAUUAGGACAUGUUAUCUUUUUGGUUCCAUCCUGUUAUCAACUAGAGUAUCCUCCAUAGAGGCUACCUGAGCAAUUUCCUUUCAUAACCUCAUCCAAUUCUGGGAUAUCUACAGUAUCUGAGAAAAAUAGUAAUGUUGCUACCCUCAGAAAUGGGCUAGAUGUCACAUGUUCUUUUAGGUGUGUAGGUCAUAGAGGUAUGACCGUAUGAGGUUAUGGGUAGAAAUUGUUCAGUUAGCCUCUACCAUACUUCUCUAAUGAGGAAGUUACCUUGCUCUGGCAUGAAGAGAUUUGUUGGGAUAACAUGAUGGUCCUGAACGCGUGUACAAGCUUAGCUAGAGUUGUCUGAUUCUAGAUGUGGGUAUUGCUAGCGAAUGUCUCUUUCUUUUUGGGAGAUCCUUUGUAUUUGUGGAACUGUAAACUCUGUUAACUAGUCCAUGGUGAAUGAAAAGCUUUGGGCUGGGGUCGCCUGUCCCUAGGACUAAACAAAUAAGAACAAGCAGCAUGUAUACUAAUUAUUCGCUAUUACAUGAUGCCACAUUAGUGAUAAAACAAUGCAUUUGAAAGUGUCGCAUGGAAUUACACAUGGUUUUCAGUAGUGAAAACAAGCGCUUAUCUUACAUGGAUUUUCCAGCAAAGCAACUAACAGCAGGCUUAACAUAGUUUUCGGCUGUUUCCAGCACAAGAAUAUUUUGGCCACUGUCCCUUUAUAGUCCGUUCGUUCUAGAUUUUUAUGGCAGCUGUUUGUUCAUAUGGUGUUUUAUUGUUUAUUCCCUGCAGCAGUUAGCACUUCAAGUUUGCAUCUAGUCUAGAUCACUUUGCCGACGCUUUUUAUGCCGCUGUGCAAAUGCUGAUGGGCUCCAUGCGAUUUGUGUGAUUUUUUUUGCUGAGCAGGGAAGAAACUGAUCCCAUUUGAUAUUGGAAUGACGGGUACAAGAGUCAGAACUACCGACUAUUGUUUGUUACAUCUAGUUCCUAAUUUUAUUUUGAUAAAUGGACAGAUAGAACAUCUACCUGCAUUCACUAUAAAGAAUUUUUUUUUCUGAUUCAGUUCAUCUAGGUGUUGUUUAUGAUAGAUUGCUACUCGGUCAUGCUUAAUGUGAGCCUGUGACUAUUGAUAAGUUGUAUGUUAUGCUUUAUCAGAAUAGGAUUAGAUAGUUGUUAGGAUUGUUCUACUACGCUCCUAUGCCAACCUCAAUUGUUUCAUAUAGAAAUUACCAGUGUAUGUGUUAAUCAACCUGAUGCAUAGCCCUGUUUGAUGCUAAUAAUAAACUUGUUUUACUUGUU